CCCAGAGCCUAAAAAGAGAUCGAGAAGCUAAAUACAUGAAUGUAUAUUACCACUUAUGAUCAGUGCACCACUACAUUGUAAAGGCAGAGAGUAUACAUGUUCACUGAUUUCAUAUAACACCAAGACCGAUACGUAGUUACGGAAAAAGAGAAUUCGAAUCAUGGCUGAUGCAUUAAAGAAUGCCAUUGCUCAGAGUCUGGAAUGUCCUGUAUGUCUGAAUACCUUCACCGAUCCCAGGAUUCUGCAUUGUUCUCACACCUACUGCAAGGCCUGUCUGGACAACCUCUUGGAAUGCCAUGGUAACGACCAGAUGCUCCGAUGCCCUGUCUGCAGAUCUGAAACCCAGGUCCCAAACCAAGAUGUCAGCAAAUUACCGGCUAAUCUAGCUUUGAAGUCUCUCAUAGAGGACGUAAAGAGUCAAUAUCAGUUUUGCACGAAUUGUGAAUCCGAGGACAAACCCCAAGCUGUUUUCUACUGUCAAGACUGCGGCAUGUAUCUCUGUAUCACUUGCCACAACAAACACUCUCAGUGGAAAAAUUUCAUCAGUCAUGAGGUCUUUGCAAUGAGUGAGAUCCUAUCAGGGAAGGUGUCAGUACGUAGAUACCGUAAAUGCAGGAAACACCCCAAAGAGGACGAGGAGUGCUUCUGUUCCGUCUGCAGGAGAUUUGCCUGCUUCAGGUGUGUUGUCAUGGAGCAUACAAAGGAAGGACAUGGGGUCAUCGAGGCAGCUGUUUACGAAGGCAACCAUAUGAAGAGUAUCGAGGACCUUAAAUCCAAGACGGACAAGAAACGCCAUUCCUUUCAGAAAUACGUUGAUUUCAUUGAUGAACAGAAGGAGCGUGUGAGCAAUGUUCAGAAGCAGUGUACAGAUGAUAUCAACAAAGCAUAUGAAGAAUCAGUCCAGCAGUUGACAGAGAAGAAAGAACUCCUCAUUGGUGAAGUCAAGGGUAGGACUGAAGAAGUAAAGAAAGACCUAGACAAAAUGAAGAAAUCGGCACAGGAGCACAUCACUCACUUGAUCACCGUAGCUGACGUGAUAACCACUAGAACAAAGAUACCGUUAGAUAUGGAUGCUUUGGCUGCACACGACACUCUAUGUCAAGACUUGCAAGAGGCUUUGAAACAAGAAGAUCCUGACUACAAGCUGCCGAGGCAAUCGAGCAAUAAAGGAAAAAGUGUCAGUUUCAAGAGGAACGUUGGAAUGGACGAGAUAGCUCUCGGUAAGAUCGUAAAUCCAGUUGCAAAGAACAUCGCCUUGCCUACUAAGAAUAGCAUGAAUGCCAUGGUUAGUACACCUGACGGUAGGAUGGCAGUGGGCUGUGCUAAAGGUGGCGUGGAGAUCUUCUCUGCUGAUGGCCAGCUCCAGCAGACAGUUUUUAAACAUCUGGUGAUUCGUGGAGUAGGGUUUCUCUCUGAUGAUCGGUAUGUUAUACUUCGUGGCUCAAACAAUAUCUCACUGUACAGACGAGAUUACGCAAAGUUAAAUGUAAUGUUUGAGACUCUGAGUCAUGAAGAAGGUGGAAAUGCUAACCUCACUGUAGACAGUGAUGAUCAGAUCUAUGUUAGCUACCAGAAAGCCCAGAAGAUCCAGGCAUUCGCACCAGGAGGUGGGAAGGCGAUCAGGGAGAUACCAUGUGAUGGGUAUACACCUAAGCAGAAUACUAGUUAUAAUGAUUACCUGAUCACCAAAUCCUUGAAGACAAUACGAUUGAUUGACAAACAAGGUGUUGUAAAAUAUGAUUUAGAGAAAUUAGGUGUUAACCCACAUGCUGCUGUAUCUCAAGGGAAUACAAUCCUGAUUGCCACGGUGAAGCACGAUGUAGGUUCAGUCAGCAUUGAUGAGUACACUAACGAGCUGAAGCAUGUUCAGAACCUUGUCUUCGAUUACGAGAUUGAGAAGCCUGAGAGAGAGUGGUACUAUCUCCAGCAGUACCGAUCAGGAGAGAUCGCUCUCUGUACUUCUGAUAGGCUCUAUAUAUUCGACAGAAAAUAAUGGAUGACUCCCCAUUUAUUGCACUGUAUGAUACCACUGUCUUCAGGCCCGUAGGUAGAAAGGCGGUGGUGGUACGAUAUGUGUGACCAGACCUCUAUUUUCUGGUCAAAACAGGCAAGCUGAAAAAUUUAGGAUAACAGAACAUUUCCUUGAAAUGUGUGUGUGUGUGCGUGUGUGUGUGUGUGUGUUAGAGAGAACAAGAAUGUGGGUCUAUUAUGUAAGUAAGCGAGUGCGUGUGUGUGCUUAUAUUAGUUUUAUUUGUUUUAG